GUUUUCGUAGCCGCGAAAAACUUAGCUAUCUGAUCUUGCUUGCUGCAAAAGUCUCUUUGCUGUGAAUCUUCUCCUCCAUCGACAAACAUGGGUAAGACCAGGGGUAUGAAUGCUGGGCGCAUCCUGAAAAAGCAUAGGACCCAACAGAGAUGGGCAAGCAAGACGUUCAAGAAGUCUCACCAAGGAAAUGAAUGGAAGAAGCCUCUUGAGAUGGCUUCUCAUGCAAGAGGAAUCGUGCUUGAGAAAAUAGGUAUUGAGGCUAAGCAGCCUAACUCUGCUAUCCGUAAGUGUGCUAGAGUACAGCUUGUUAAGAAUGGAAAGAAGAUUGCUGCUUUUAUCCCUAACGAUGGUUGUUUAAACUUUGUUGAGGAAAAUGACGAGGUCUUGAUUGCUGGUCUUGGCCGUAAGGGUCAUGCUGUGGGAGAUAUUCCCGGAGUUAGGUUCAAGGUCGUGAAUGUUGCUGGUGUUUCGCUCAAUUCUCUCUUCUCCGAAAAGAAGGAGAAGCCAAGGUCUUAAACAAAAAGCUUUAAGCUUUUGAAGUUGAUUUGAUGUCAUGAGCACUUUUUGGUAUUCUGGUGUUCUCUUCUACUUUAAGCUUUUGAAGUUGAUUUUGAUGCCAUGAGCACUUUUUGGUAUUUCAGUUUAAAACAACUCUGGUGUUCUCGUCUACUUUAAACAACUCUUGC